UUUCAUUUAGAUCAACUGCCUGCCCCUUCUACUCUAUCUAGCUGCCGUUCGACAAAUACAUCCCUAUAAAAAUGCCCUCCAGACUCGAUAAUCUACUAUAUAUUCUUUCACCCAGAGUUCUCACAACACCUAGCGCCGGUCGAGCUUUGAUUAACCAAUUAUAAAGAACAAGGCAAGGCACCAAAAAGAGCCGUCACCUGACCAUUAAUUUGAGGGUACGUAUGUUCUGAGAAGUUCUGUGGAAUCUGAGGGUGCAAACGUUGGGGGAAGUACUGACGCCUUCAGAAAGUCAAACUUCAUCUCACUCAUUGAGAGACAGAGAGAGGGCCCCCUAGAUUUGUUGAAGUUUUAGAGGAGAAGCUUCACUUGAAGAUGAAAAGAAAAUGGAGAGCAGUUGGAGGGAUUUGCUUAUGAUAUGGUGAGAGCUAACCUGUGUGAGGAGGUAUCCAUGGCGGGUGUGUCCCCGGGCUCUUUCGCUCAGCAGCUCCCGACCCCUUCUCCCUUCUCCUUCUCGGUUGCCUCCACGAGGUGGAGCUCGAGACCCCCGAUCCACCUCUCUGGUCUCUAUCUCCGGUUCCUGGCGCUCGUCCUCUCGUUUGUCUCUGCCCUGUCGCUCGCCAACCCACCGAAGAGCAAAGGCCAGGGAGGCUCCAGCUUCGAUAAGUGCCCAGAGUUGAUGUACUGCUUCGUCGUGAGCAUAGUGGCUUUCGUUUACUCAGCUUUUCAGCUCUUCAAAGGUGUUUGCGACAUUUCCUACAGAGGCAUUGUGAUCUCUGACAAAGUCUCUGACUACCUCAGCUUCAUUCUAGACCAGAUGGUAGCUUACCUUCUCACAUCGAGUUCUUCAGUAGGGAUACUGGCGAUUCAACAAGCUGAGAGAAAUUCACCCCUUUGGAAAGCUGCAAUCAUAUCUGUCAGCAUGUCUUUUGCAAUUUUCGUGGUAGUGGCAACCUGUGCUCUGUUUUCAGGCUACAAGCUCUGUAAGAGAAUUAGUUGGUGAUCCCCAUGUAUUUAAUUCAUGUCUGCCCCCUUGAACACAAUCUUUACCACGGAGAUCAAAAGCAUCAAACACAAUCAAAAGGCUGUACAUCGUAGAAUAUCAUGACAGGAAGCCAUGACAUUAACUGGUGAGGAACUAGAAUGAUUUGUUGACAUAUAUCACAUGAUCGGUUCGUGUUUUGUUGUGUCUCUUGAGCAGACAAGACAAUGUAUCCAUAUGAAUUCAUGA